AUGUUGGUGUUUGUGACCUCGCGGCGGCACGCGGGCAAGACCUUUGUGCUCGUUGCAGACGGAGAUGAGACUGUCGCCCGACUAUUUGCGUAUUUGUUUCAUACGUUUUUUGACAUGCGCAUCGUGGCUGCGCCAUUCAUCCUGAAGCACAAGGGAAAGUUCCUUGAACCACACACCAAACUCAAGGACAUUGUUGGCACGGAUCGGUCGGAUCUGUAUGUGGAUUUGGUGGAGACGCGAAAGGACAUCAGGGACGCGUCCGCGUGGGAUGCCGAGCACCCUCCCUUCAUCCUAUCGGAGAUGGUCGCAGCAACACUGCACCGCGAGCGCCUUGCCCUCGCCAUGGCGGGGCUGGCCGACCUGCCGCAAUUCUCCGAGAUUGGUGCCUUCACCAUCUCAAUGCCGCCCGAGGCGAAGCGGUGGGCUGUGCGCUCUGCCAUCGCGUUCUCCAUAUCCGCAUUUGCCCUCACCGCCAUUGCCGCACUCAACACCCUCUACUACAUCGCAGAUGGCUGCGCCACCAACUACUGUGAAUUCCGGAGCGUGGGCACGCUGCUUGCGCUUUGGCUCAUGGCGAUGAGUCAGCUCACCAUCGCCAUCCUCACCUCCCUCGCACAGGCAAACUUUGGUCGCAAGGCCGGCGAUCGCAUUGCGCCGCUUCUCCUCAGCGCAGGAUUUGCUGAGUCAGCAAUUGACUCUGCCAGGCACCCCAACAUGCUUCACUUUACGCAGGAGUACGUGGGCAUGUGUGCGUCCAACAUCCACGCAUUCAUCCAGCACAAUGGCCACACGGUGCUUGCGGAGAUUGUAGACCAGGUGGACAAGGGCGAAACGCCCGUGCUGCUGCACACUCUCACAUCCGUCGCCCGCACAGACGAGGGCAUGGCUGCGCUUGCUCGGCUGAAUGUGUCGUCGCCGCUUGCGCGCGCCGUCACCGUCUCGCCCGCCGACCGCCACCCCCUCCUCCUCGCCCUCAUCGCCCGCCUCUACAGGGCCAUCCCCACUGCCGCUGGUCGCGCGGAUGUGUUGGAGCAGCUCCUCGUGUCGCUCCUCGCCAGAGGCACGCUGCUGACCGCUGAGGACGUCACUGUCGCUGCGUCGCUCGUGCACACUGCGCUGGCAGAAGAGUUGGUCAAACCGCACGCCCUUGGCGGCUCGCUCAACGAAAUGGUGGUCCUCCUCACCGCUGCGAAGGACUCGAAGGACUGUCAAGUACUGCUGUCCUCCCUUGGACGCGUUUUGAAAGCGCGCCCGGCCGUCGACAGCGAGCUGCUCCUCGACAUUAUACGUCAACUCCGGCCAACGCUCCAGCACCCCGAUGUGCUCGUUCGUGCGCUCGCUGUCGCCGUGUUCCAGAUCUGCCUGCGGAACGAUGCCGUGCUCGCUGCUGCAUGCGAGGAUCCGGAGCUGUGGUCCGCUCUUCCGACGUCACUCGACGCGCGCCUGUCCGCUGCACACACGCACAGCUGCCGGUGCGCUGCUGUCCUCCUGGCCAUUGUCGCGCGCGCCGCCGACACCCUCCCCGCAAUCGCACCAGGAGAGCACGGAGAUGGGGAGGAGAAACACAAAGGACACACCACACCAGGGCAGCAAGGGCAACUACAGCAAGGACAAGAACAGCAGCAGCAGCAGCAGCAGCAGCAGCAAGGACAAGAAGACGGACAAGGACAAGGCGACAAGGCGAAGCAACCAGCGUCUUCAUCCUCAACCACAUCCGAGCAGCAGCAGCAAAAUGUGGAUGGGGUGUGUGGUGAUGGUGAUGGUGAUGGUGAUGGGGCGUUGGGCAGACAUGUACCGCCUGUGGUGGAGCUGAGACGGACGCUGGCACAGUGUGUGCAGGCUGCCCUGCGGUUUGAUGUGAGUAACGACCUGCAGGCAGAGGGGCAGGCGCUGCUUGCAAGCACGCUCCAUAUCACAGCUGCAGAUGCAUUCAACACCAGCACCACCAGCAGCGCACACCUCGCGGCGAGUGCAUGCACCGUCAACAGCGUCACUGCUUGACCAUGUGUGUACAUGUGUGUGUGUGUGUGGAUGUGUGUGUGUGUUUGCGUAUAUGUGUAUGUGUGUGUUUGCGUGUAUGUGUAUGUGUGUGUGUGUAUGUGUGUGUGUGUAUGUGUUUGUGUGUGUGUGCCAUUCCUGUGGACUUAUCAUGUCUAUUCGCUGUCACUGUCACUGUCGUGGUGCGUGUACGUGCCAUGUACAUCUCUUCCUCAUCUCUGUCCGGUGCAAGCGCGUUCCUUUUGCUCGUUUUCUCCCUUCAGACACGUGUCCCUUCCCUUCCUUCCUUCUCUUCUCCGGCUUGCACUUUUCAGACUGCCACAUGGUGAACGCAGCUGGGCUGCCUUUGCCGUGCAAUAAAAUACACACACGAUUGUGCCA